CCCUAUAUUUGUCCUGUCCUCUCGCACUGCGCAUGCGCUUAGUGAAGCUGGGCUAGUUCCGUUUAGCCUAAAUUGCUACUGCUAAAGAUGGAAACCAUGAUUAACGACGGUGUAAACCAUUUCACAAGUAGCAAUGCAUCAGGUGAAGAGGAAGAGAGUAGACUCGGGGCAUGUAAGGACGGUGACAGCACGGAGAAACACAAGCGAAAAAAACACAAGCAUCACAGCAAGCACAGAAAGCACAAAUAUUCAUCACUGGAGGAAAAAGAACACAGACACAAGCACAAACACAAGCAUAAAAAGCGCAGACACAGAGAUUCCUCCCGGAUGGAAGAUGGAGACGUUGAGGACGCAGAUGAAGCCGUGUCACUGAAGAGGACCAGAUUGGAUGACCUGGCAGCCCUGGAGGAUUUGGAAAAGCAAAGGGCCCUAAUCCAAGCAGAGCUUGAUAAUGAGCUGAUGGAGGGAAGGGUGCACUCAGGAAUGGGACUGAUACUGCAGGGAUAUAACUCGGGCUCAGAUGAGGAUGUGGAUGUGCAAGAGCGGACGUGUAAUGGGGAUGAGCAGAGGGAGAAUCUAGAACAGCUGUAUGUGGCUGGGGGACAAGAAAUCCAGUCUGUUGCUAAAGACACAGAACAAAGUCAGCACAGUUCUAUGGACGAUGAAAGAAUGGCUCCUUGGCGGCGUAGUAGAAGUAAGUCUGAAGAGAAGGCAGCUAUCCAACAUAAAUCAGAUAAAAGGAAGAGUAGAACUGAAUCAGAUUCGGACAACAAGGACAAAACUCAAGAUCCUUGCCCAUCUUUAGAGAAGAGACCAUCCCAUAACGUGCAGCAGCCCAGAGGUGGACGUCCAAAAUCUAGAUCUCCUGCAUUAUCCAGGAAACAGAAUAACACGCACAAGGAUCCCCAUUCAGGUUCUGCAGAGAAAGAACAGGGAAGUAAAAGAGACUCCUCAUCUUCAUUUCGCCAGUCUGGGACCAGAAGUACUGACCCUGCCAAAUCGCCAGAGAAGGCAAGAUGCUCCAGAUCAAAAGAAAGACAUAGAAGAUUACCUGAGCCUGACCGCAAGCGGGACAGGGACAAGCCAUCAGCCAAGUCUCCUUGUAAGGAGGUCUCAUCAGGCAAGGAGAACAGAUCCCCUCAUAGAAGGCACAUGCAUAGUCCAGUACGGGAUAGAUCCUCUCGCAGGAGCAGGGAACGUCAUUCCCCUCAACAGCCUUCCAACUGCCGAUCCGCCGCCCGCAACAGAUCUCCAGCCAGAAGGGAACGAUCUCGCUCCACUGAUAGAAGACGUAGAGAAUCCGACCGACAGAGACUCUCACCUGUCAGGAUGAGGUCCCGUGAUGAUGCAGCCAGCUCCAGUGGGCCGAGUCCCUCUCUCGGCUCCAGGGGAAGGCCGAGUCGUUCCCCCAGGAGACGCACCAGCAGAUCUCCUCUUCCCAGACGAAGGUCUGUGGAGCGGGGCAGGAUGGGCCACAGGCAGCAGGCACGCUCAGGAUCUCAGGAACGGAAGAGGAGAAGCAGAGAGAGAGAUGAUAAGUUUAAGGGCAGUCUGUCCGAAGGCAUGAAAGCUGACCAAGAUGAAUCGGAUGAAGAAGUUUUGGAGGAUUACGAUGUGGAUGAAGAGGAUGAGGAGGCACUGAUAGAGCAGAGGAGACUCCAGCGCUUGGCAAUUGUGCAGAAAUAUAAGGAAGUAAAUGAGGACACCAGCAAGUCAGAGCCUUGCAGUCCUCAGAGUAGCUCCCACAGCCGCUCACCCUCUCCGGACGAUGUUCUAGAGCGAGUUGCAGCUGAUGUAAAGGCUUAUGAGCAAGAGAACCUAGACACCUUCGAGGCCAACAUUAAGGCGAAACACAAUCUGCUCACCCAAGAUAAAGAUGCAAGUAAUCCAAAAAAGCAAUCAGCUCCUGACAUGUUUACGGAAUCGGAUGACAUGUUUGCUGCAUACUUUGACAGUGCGAGGUUGCGUGCAGCAGGCAUUGGGAAGGACUUUAAAGAGAACCCCAGUCUUAAAGACAACUGGACAGAUGCUGAGGGCUAUUAUCGUGUGAACAUUGGAGAGACGUUAGAUAAACGAUAUGACGUUUAUGGCUACACCGGGCAGGGUGUGUUCAGUAACGUUAUCCGUGCAAGGGAUCUGGCACGAGCCGGGCAGGAAGUUGCUAUUAAAAUCAUACGCAACAAUGAGCUUAUGCAGAAGACAGGCCUUAAAGAGCUUGAGUUCCUGAAGAAGCUGAAUGAUGCAGAUCCCGAUGAUAAAUUCCACUGUGUGCGCCUGUUCAGGCACUUCUACCACAAGCAGCAUCUGUGUUUGGUGUUUGAGCCACUCAGUAUGAACCUGCGGGAGGUCCUGAAGAAGUAUGGCAAAGAUGUGGGUCUCCACAUCAAGGCGGUGCGCUCCUACAGCCAGCAGAUCUUCCUAGCCCUCAAACUCCUCAAGCGCUGCAACAUCCUUCAUGCUGACAUCAAACCCGAUAACAUCCUGGUGAAUGAGUCGAAGACCAUACUGAAGCUCUGUGACUUUGGCUCUGCAUCCCACAUUGCUGAGAAUGACAUCACGCCGUACUUGGUCAGCAGGUUCUACAGAGCACCUGAAAUCAUCAUUGGAAAACCUUAUGAUUAUGGAAUCGACAUGUGGUCUGUGGGUUGCACACUGUACGAGCUGUACACGGGAAAAAUCCUCUUCCCUGGGAAGACCAACAACCACAUGCUGAAACUUGCUAUGGACCUUAAAGGGAAAAUGCCCAACAAGAUGAUCAGGAAAGGCUUGUUCAAGGACCAACACUUUGAUCAAAACUUGAACUUCUUGUAUACAGAGGUAGAUAAAGUUACUGAACGGGAGAAAGUGACAGUGAUGAGCAGCAUCAACUCCACUAAGGACCUAUUAAACGACAUGGUUGGUCGUCAGAGACUCCCAGAGGACCAGCGGAAGAAGGUGGUUCAGCUCAAAGACCUGAUAGAUCAGAUUCUGGUGCUCGACCCAGCCAAGCGGAUCAGCAUCAACCAGGCCCUGCAACACCCCUACAUCCAGGAGAGGAUGUGACUGUCAUACACUUCAGAGGAUACACAACACCAAGUCCUUGAAAAGUCUGCCAACAAAGUGACGGUUUUGUAUCUGCAGGCAUGACUGAAUAGAUGAAGAGACAUUUUAUGUCUAAAGUUAAAAUGUUUUUUUUUGUUUGUUUGUUUUGCUUUCUGAACACACGUUAUCUCACUUUCAGUUUUAAAUUUAUGAUGCCCUGAUAAACAUGUGCCACCAGCCCCCUGAAUUUUUUAGGUUCACAUACACUAGAUUAAAACUUCUUUUUGUUUUGUUUGGUUUUUUUUAUGUUCAUGCUAUAAUCGAUACAAGCUGAAAGCAGCAAAAUGACUGUAUCUAUACAUUUACUGGUGUUCCAAUAGUCUGAGCCUCCCCUAACACUGUACGUGAUUAUGUGAGUUCAGGAUAAAUGCAGUCUAUAUCCGCAUCUCCCUCAGGUGCUAGAGCGACAGCGCCCACUGGUGCACAGGCCUGUAGGUGUGCGUCUGCUGAAAUCGGAGCUCUUGAGCCCUACCUGAGCCUGUCUGCAGGGAAAGGCCUCCUCUGUAAAGGCAGGUUGUGUUCCUCUAUCAGUACACUGAAGGUAAGCUCGGCCGGCCAAAAUUGCCAGUAUACGGUGCCUCUGUUAUACGUUUUGGCUCAUGAAAAAAAAACAGUAUGCUCAAUUUCUGGCAUCUUUUGCAUGUAGAGACGAGGAGUGGUCUAAACCCAUCAUCCUUCCACAGAGCCAAAGUUAAAUCCUAAAAAGCAAAGUUCUUGCGUAAACAAGUCGGGAAAGGAAUUCCAAGGCAGUCACUAUUGCUGUUAAGGGUAAGGGAAAAGGGGCAGUCUGAAAUAUUUGACUUGAACAGGCACCUUCAGUGUACUGCCUCUGACAGUCAUGUAUUGUUCAUAAGCAAUGUUUGUGACUCUCAGUGGAUAUGCAUUUGUUCUAUCUAAUGUUCUCGCAAGGGGUGCAUGUGAUCUAAAAUGCUGUGCACUUGUAUGAGCUUUUUUUUUGUGUACUUCAGCCUGUGUUCCUUUGUCCUGACGUGAUCGUGUUGUCUUUUGAUACAGGGAUAUUCCUCAUCUGCUCUAUGAAUCUGCUUGUUUUGAGCGGUAAUUGAUUCUUUACUUCAUAUUGCUCUUUAUUGUUAUAAUUAAGACACAGAACUAGCUCAUCCAACUUGUAUAUUAUCCAUACUACGUCCUGCAUGUUUAAAAAAAAAAUAGUUUGCAUAAUUGUAAAUAUAUAAUUGUGUGUUAUCAUAAAACAGUGUAAAAAUAAAAAAAUGUUUGAUGUGGAGAAAAAGUAAGAAAAAUAUGGUCAUAGACCUCCUGGUCUGUUUUGUGUGCACCCAGUGGCAGGUAAUUAUGGUUUAAGAUACCAUACACUUAAUAUUUAAGUUUCACUGACACUAACUGCUCUUUGUGAUGUUUCUCCCACUGUUCCCUUGUGGUUGCUGAGAGAGAGAGAUAAUAUUCUCCAGCCAAAGGAGGCUCUUCUCUGUGCACCAUCCUCCAGCCUGCCUCUGCUCUCAAAGAGACAAGACCUCCACAAGACCCCUAUUCCAGGUCACUCCUAAAGGCAUGUGUAGCUCCAAAAUAGCAUAGACAGAAAUGACCAGUCUAAUUAAUGAAAUGGAGGGUGUUGACAUUUCUGCUUUUGUUUUUGAGUCCACACUUUCUCAGACCUGUUAAGCCCCAGUACCGAAGAGUUUAUCACAGAUCUUUAUUUCCUAUAUGUAGCAUGAAUGCAUAGUGAGAAGAUAGCAUGUGCUUAUUCGUCUAGCCCUGCUAAUGUUCAGUGUAAACAUGGACUAGUUUUGGGCUUGGAUUAUUCCAAAGUCUUAAAGAGUCUGAAUUUUAUCUUAUUUUGUAUGAUAAAUGUCUUGAUUAUGAAUGAGGAUCAGCAAAUAAUAGAGUCCAUAAUUGUAACGGGUAUUGAUGGUAAAUAUUCAAGGGAGUUGAUGAUUAUGCAACACAUCUCCCGUAAUGAUGUUCUGUUUUAGCAGUUGAUGUCUAGUUCAUAGUGAUUAAAGUGACCUUAAAGAAGUAAUUUAAGUGGACAGGCUGAUGUUUUAAUCAUCACUUUGGAUUGUAGUGACAUUGGUUGAAUGACUGUUGCCACACUGGGAAGAAAAAAAGAGAUACUGGUUUAUUUGUUCUCUGUAUUUUAGGUGCUGUCCAUUAGAGAAGACUCUUAAAGGGACUCGCAUCUGACCAAAGGUUUUUGCUUUAGAGAGUGAUCUUUACUAGUUUUUUCCCCCUUCAUUCAACAUUUCAGCGAAAUUAAUUUGGAUUUAAUGAGUCUCAUUUGUUAGCAAUUAAACACAACCUGAGCCAAUUAUGAUACAGGUAUACUUAUGUUACAAAGUGUCACAGCUACUUGGCUUGUUAGUAAAGGGAAAUAAAACCUAAUGUUGGAUUCAGUGAACUGUGUAGGCUUUUGGUUAACGGGCAUCAUAAGAUCAGCCAGCCCAUGCCACCUACAGAGUCUCGUCUAGUUUUACUUCAGCUGUAUUUGUUUUCUGAAACAUUGGUGGUACAUAAUAAAUUAUUAUAAUAAUUAAUACAUUGGUGGUAUAGCCAAAUUUGAACAACUGAAAGGUAAUACCCUUCUUUUUUCACUGACCCGUGUUUUUACGCAUGAUCCUUAAUACUAAUCUGAAUUUGUCUCUAUUUUAGGGUAAGUCAACAUUUCCUUCCUGUUCUGAUCAAUAUACAACCUACAAAGAGGAAAUCCUGUCUAGUCACGCACCUUUUUGCUGAAAUGCCUUUUUAAAGAAGCCCAUCACCUCUUCAAUUAUUCACAAACACCAAAAUGAACUGUUCGAAUAGUGCAUUCAUAUUCAGUCAACAUAUGCACAGUGUAUAAUGAAAACAUGACACCAUGAAUAAAUAAAGAAAAAAAAACUUUUAA